AUGUCAUCCUCCCCGCACCCCAACCUCGACGCCCUCCAACGCGACGGCUUCGUCGUUGUCCGCAACCUCCUCACCCCCUCGGAAAUCAACCACUACCGCACCAUCGCCACGGCAGCCACCACCAAAACCCGCACCGGCGGCUGGCCACACUUCCGCACCGUCCCCAAACAAUUCCCCCCCUGGCCCACAACCCCACCCCCAGCCUCCGAGGGCGGCAUCUGGGGCGUCCAGCACCUGCUGCACCCCGAAAUGCCCGGCCGCGAGGACUUUGCCAAGUGCUACUUCUCCGAGUCGAUCCUCGCCGUCGCCGGUGAACUCAUGGGCGUGUCCGCUGGCACGGGCGAAGACGAACCCCUCGUCAUGGAACUAUUCAAUCUCCUCGUGGCGCCCGAAACGAAGGACUUCGAACUCCGCUGGCACCGCGAUGAUAUCUCCGAAAAGGCUUCUGCGGAGGAAGAACUGCGCCAGCUCGCGGCCAAGUCGCCCGGUGGUCGCCAGAGCCAUGCGCAGUAUAACUUGGCGCUAUGCCCGGAUGCCUCGCUGAUCGUGAUCCCGGGCUCGCACCGUCGUGCCCGGACUGAGAUCGAGCGGAAUGCGGAUCCGUACGAGUCCGUUUUGCCGGAUCAAUUGGUCGUGCAGCUGCAGCCUGGUGAUGCGGUGUUUUACGAUAGUAAUAUCCUGCAUCGGGGUGUGUAUAAGGGCAAGGCUGAAGGUGGGGAGGAGACUCGGUUGACGCUGCAUGGAAGCUUGGGGUUGAAGGCUGCUGGUGCGGCGGAUGCGGAGUCGAAGAAGGUCAGGGCGACGGCGGUGUUGCAGCACGGAGUGGGUGCGUGGGUGAACCGGGAGGAUGCGGCGUUUGGUCUUGGGGAGCGGCCCGAGAAGAUGAGGGCGAAUUUGGUGGCGAUGGGGAGCGGAGAGGGUGUUGGGUAUUCGCUGCAAGGGUAG